GUUCCGCAGCGACAGAUUUGAAACCAGGAUCAGCGGCGCUAAGAAUCACUUCCGGUAUCAGGGUAUAAGAAGGCCUUGUCAAGAGACUUCCGGUCUUUCGGGCGCGCAGGCAAAAUGACGAAGGGAACAUCGUCAUUUGGUAAGAGGCGGAACAAGACUCACACUCUUUGCCGACGGUGUGGGGCAAAAGCAUUUCACCUACAGAAAUCUACCUGUGGUAAAUGUGCCUAUCCUGCCAAGAGAAAGAGGAAGUAUAACUGGAGUGUGAAAGCCAAAAGGAGAAACACAACUGGCACAGGUCGCAUGAGGCACCUGAAGGUGGUGUUUCGGAGAUUCCGGAAUGGAUUCCGUGAAGGCACCACUCCAAAGCCCAGGCGAGCUGCAAUGGCUUCUUCCAGCACUGCAUAAACUGUUGGUGUAUCAAUAAUAACAAAUAAAGCUAUGCUUUGUGAAGUUA